CAAGCCAGAACCACAUCGGGCGACGCCAUCUCUUCCCAGCAAUGCAGUAAUUUCAAAUCCAAAAUCUGGCUGGAUUUCCUUCCACUAAUUAACGCCCCUGGCUGUUCAUUUGGAAGCUCCAUUGUCCCGUCGAGUCCAACCAAGAGUGUUCGAGGCAGAGGACAAAAGGUAGAACGGUUUGCACUUUUCCAAUUCUUCUUGUCCGGAUGGUUGGAGUUGGAGCGUCAUGAGGUAAGCUGUUGCCAAGACGAACAAGACACGACAAUGCCGCCGAACACUAGGAGAAGCAGAUGGACACAAACUGUCGGGCUGUGUCUACUGACGCUCCUCGCAAGAAUACCCACCACAGGGCCGAGUGAGAACUCCACGGACCCCACAUUAGCGUCAUUCUCGCACCCCGCUACAGCAUCGUCAGCAACGGAAUCAGGUCAGGAGGGGUUCACUUCAGUGACCAACACGGGCUCUGAGCUCACCACGAUUCCCGCUGCCCCGUCCGACACAACCAUCUCGAUCCCAGGAGCCACCCCCGCGGCCGUCCAGUGUCCGCAGGGCUGGCUCGAGCACCUAGAGCGCUGUUACGACCUCGUACGGGACCGUGAGGUAACGUGGCACGACGCCCAGCUGGCAUGCCAACAGAGGCCUGGUGGGGACCUGCUUGUACUGAACAGCACUGAGGAAAAGAAUUUUAUCGACCGCUCAGUCAGCUACGGCAUAUUCAACGGCACCGCUAACCUGUGGAUCGGGCUCCGCAGAGAUUGCUCAAACAGCAACCACAACUUCACUUGGAUCGAUGGAGUAGGCCUCAGCGAAGAAGUAAAAAAUUGGGAGUCUGGUCAACCAAACGAUUUCUACAGUUGUGAUUGUCCACAGUGGCCCAACAGAGGCGAUACAAAUGAAACUGAUAGUGAAUGCUGUGUUGACUUGCGGGCUGGAAACCGUAAGAAACCUGGUAUCUUCAGAGACGAACAGUGUGUUAAACUUCAGGGAUACAUCUGUGAAGCACCCAAAGAUCCACCCGUAGAGGAGCCAUCGCCAUCUCCAUCGCCAUCGCCAUCCCCAUCCCUCGAGCGCCCUCCAGAGACAAGCACGGUCAUGGAAGUUCAAACAGUCUCGUCGACAGUUCUGUAUUUGACGACCGCUAUCCAGCUAUACUCAAGUAUUGCGUCGUCCAGCCUACCGCAACCCACGCCUUCCCCUUCUUUCAGCGAGUUCACCCCGUUUCCAAGCAGCAGUUCCGUCCCCACACCGUUGCCAGGGACAACUCCCGUUCCGGUGGUGUGCCGUGCCGAGAUUCUAGAUGGGCUGCAGUGGGCAGAGACGCCGCAAAACACGGUGGCCACUCAGACUUGCCCGGAAAACCCCUUUGGCUCUUAA